AUGGCAGUCAUCGAGGUUGAGUACAAUGGCCCCGUCGCGGUUAUAGUACUCAACAAACCCAACAAGCUCAACGCUUUGACCAAAGAUGAAUUCUACCAGCUGGCGCGCACACUCCAGGAGGUUGCCAAUCACGAUGAAGUUGUGGCCACUGUGUUGACAGGCAACGGGAGAUUCUUUUCAGCCGGUGCCGACGUGUCUGUCUCUAGGCAGGUACCCGAGGGUACAGAUUUGUAUCGUCAUAACCUGACGGUCACCGUAGCCAGCAACAUGAAUCUUGCGCGGGCAUUCUAUACCCAUCCCAAGAUCUUGGUAGUAGCCCUCAACGGUCCUGUAGUCGGCAUGGCUGCUGCGCUGAUUGCUUUCGCCGAUUUCAUUUACUGCACACGAGAAACCUAUCUCUUGACGCCGUUCGCUAGCUUGGGCUUGAUAAGCGAAGGCGUGUCGUCGAUAGCUUUCGCAGAGCGCCUGGGCAUCUCCAAAGCAAACGAAGCCCUCAUUCUGGCGAAGCGGAUAACUAGCAAGGAAUUACUUGAGGCAGGAUUCGUAAACCAAAUAUUUGAUUGCCCCGCCGAGUCGUUCCGGGGCGAGGUACUCAAAGAAGUCAAGGAAAGGUUCCAUGAUGGUCUGAAUGCAUCAAGUAUGUUGCAGAUCAAGAAGAUGAUUAGAAAUCUAUCAAGACGGGAGCUGGAUGCUCAGAAUGUUGAUGAAGUGUUUGGAGCUCUCGAGAGAAACGUCCAAGGAAUUCCGCAGCAGGAGUUUGAGAAACUGAGGAAGGGGCAGAAGAAACAUAAGCUGUGA